CUGUAAAUAUGUUAGUUUUCUUAAUAACUGUAAGGAGUACUACUGUUUUGUUGUGCACAGUUGGCUCGGUCCUGCACUCUGUGUUCUGUGCUCUAGUCUUAUUCUGUUGCAUUUACAUCAGGUUAAGAAGGUACCAAGAACUUUCACUUCACUAGAGGAGUACAUGGGAUCAUUUACCCUACCACUGAUUGAAGAAACUCGUGCCGAUCUCUACUCUGCGCUGGAGUGUAUCAAACACGCACCAGCCACUGAAGUGAAACGGAUCGACGAGCUUUGUUCAAAGCAGUCCAUCUUCAGCAUCUUGGUCAAGAAGGCUGACCCUAUGAACACAAACCCGGGGGAAGUAUAUGCCCUCAAGGAUGCAGACAUACUUGUGUUCUUGGAUAGGAAGCCGAGGCACAUCUCGGACCUGGGGCGCAGCAAGGUGCCCUAUGUGAUUGCCUCGGUGCUGAAAGCAGAGGACGCCAACGGCAAUGCGAUCGUGAGGCUGUCAGGCGGGAAACGGGACCUUGUGCCGCCCCUCGUCGCGGUGUUCCUGAUCAACAUGACAACGUACAAUCGUAUAUGGAAUGCACUGGACAUGCAUGUUGCUGGUCUCAGGAACACUAGCAUCAUUGAGAAGAUUGUACGUUAUGCUCCAAAGGAGGACAGUUCAGAACUACCUCUACAUUUGCCAGACAGAUCACUUGGCCUUGAAAAAUUUAGGCUAAACAGGUCACAGCAGAUGGCAGUACUUGACUGUGUUUCAGCAAUGGAGCAGCAGGGUACAUAUCCGGUGCGUCUGAUAUGGGGGCCUCCCGGCACAGGGAAGACGAAGACGAUCAGCACGCUCCUGUGGUCCAUGAUGGUCAAGAACCACAGAACGCUGACCUGUGCUCCGACCAACACUGCGGUGGUGGAGGUCGCGUCUCGGAUCCUCAGCCUCAUCGGAGAAUCCUCCGCUGGCGGUGGAAAUGGCUGCUUUCUGAGUGAUGUUGUCCUGUUCGGAAAUGAGGAUAGGAUGAACGUCGAUCAGGACCUCACGAAGAUUUUCUUGGAGAAGCGCGUUCGCCGUCUCCAGAAGUGCUUGACGCCAGGUUCGGGGUGGACCAGCUGCCUGAGCUCUAUGGUACGAAUUCUCGAGGAACCUUUGGUUCAGUAUGCUUCCUACGUUGAGCACACUGAAAGGCUGAUCAAGGAACUUGCCAAGAAAGAAAAAGAGGAACUUGCGAAGAAGAAGGCGAAGAACAAAGGGGUGGAGGUGAAGGAGGAUGUUGCUAAGAAGGAAGCAGAUAAGAAAAGCAUAAAGAUACAGUCGUUCAAAGAAUAUUUCACGAGUAGCUACAAACGAAUCGAGGAUGAGCUCCGCACCUGCAUCGAGACUUUCAGCGACGAUCUCCCAAGAUCAGCCACAUCUAGGCAGAAUUUCCGUUGCAUGACGGAGGUUCUGCACCUGCUUACAGAGUUUGGGAAACAAGUGCAGUCCGAGCCAGAGAAGCAGCUGCAGACGCUGUUCAGAGACACGUCGGACGGGAAGAACAGCUGCCUGUUUCAGAGUCUGGUGUCAUACGCGGAAGACAGCGUGCGCUCAGAACUUAAGCAAGCGAGAGCCCAGUGCGUCGAGAAGCUGAAUCACCUGUCCAACAACUUCGACCUCCCGGGCAUUUUCGACAAGCGGUCCAUCGAGGAGUUCUUGCUGCAGAAGAGCAAGAGCGUGCUCUGCACCGCGUCCAGCUCCGCCCGCCUGCACUACCUGCAGAAGGCCGAGCCGUUCGACAUCCUCGUCGUCGACGAGGCCGCGCAGCUCAAGGAGUGCGAGUCGAUGAUACCUCUGCAGAUUCCUGGGAUCCGGCUCGCCGUUCUCAUCGGCGAUGAGUACCAGCUUCCGGCGCUCGUGAAGAGCCAGGUGACACGGCAUUGUCCUUGGUGCUUUUGUUGGUUGUUUUGCCCGUUGAUCGCUAGCUCACUCUUGCGUUGCGUGCAGGUGUGUGAUGAAGCCGACUUCGGGAGGAGCCUGUUCGAGAGGCUGAGUUCGCUGGGGCACCCCAAGCACCUUCUUAACGUGCAGUACAGGAUGCACCCGGGGAUAAGCAAGUUCCCGGUCUCGAGCUUCUACGGCGGCCAGAUCGACGACGGCGAGAACGUCCUGCGCAGGGACUACGAGCGCAAGCACCUGACCGGCCCGAUGUACGGGUCCUACUCCUUCAUCAACAUCGAAGGCGGAAAGGAGAGCUCCGGCAAGCACGACAAGAGCCUCAUCAACACCAUCGAGGUCGCCGCCGUGACCCGGAUCGUGCAGAGGCUCUUCAGAGAGUCGGUGGAGACGAGGAGGAAGCUUAGCGUGGGCGUGGUGUCGCCGUACAAGGGCCAGGUCCGCGCCAUCCAGGAGAAGCUGGGCAAGACGUACGAGAUGCACGGCGGGUUCUCGGUGAAGGUCCGGUCGGUGGACGGGUUCCAGGGCGCCGAGGAGGACAUCAUCAUCUUCUCCACCGUGCGGAGCAACAGCACCGGCACCGUCGGCUUCCUCAACAACGUGAACCGCACCAACGUCGCGCUCACACGGGCCAAGCACUGUCUGUGGAUCGUAGGGAACGCGACCACAUUGGUGAGCAGCAAGACGGUGUGGCAGAAGAUAGUGACUGACGCCAAGGAGAGGGGCUGCUUCUUCGACGCCAACGACGACCAGGACCUCUCGGGCGCGAUCGUCAAGGCCGUCAUCGAGCUCGACGAAGUGGAGAGCGCGCUGAGCAUGGAGAUGGGCAACCUCCGCAUCGGCGGGUCACGGUCCGGGAAAUCCAAGACAAAGUACGUGUGA